CGUCACCGCCAGCCGCAAUCUUAGCUCGCCACAACACAAACGAGUAGGAAGCUCUAGCGCGCCGCCGUUAGCAUUCGGCUAGUUUCUGCUGAGGAUGUGCCACGUAUAUCUUGCGUGCCUUCGUUGCCGGUUCCUGCUCGCGGUCAGUCGGACCGGAAGUGCUGUUUCGUCCGCACAAAUCACGAUCACUUCAAUUCAUCACGCCGGCUUCGAGUUUUGCUUCAAGUGGAUCCCCGCUCUUCACCACCACCGAAAACUAUUUCAUUUCAAUUGCGAUGCAUCGAACAAUAUGUAAUUGCAGACGUGACCAAAGGAGUUGUUUUUUUUUUUACUUGAAACAGACGUUCAGAAAAAGACUGUCUAAAGUCUAGGCUUGAUCUCGGACUCGUUCCACAUGUUCUUCGACUGCACGGCGCUACUGGCGGGCCUGGCGGCGUCGGUCAUCUCCAGGUGGCGCUCCAACGACAGCUUCUCGUACGGGUACGUCCGAGCCGAGGUCAUCGGCGGAUUUGUCAACGGGCUCUUCCUCGUCUUCACCGCUUUCUUCAUCUUCUCCGAAGGCGUGGAGAGGGCUUUGGAACCUCCGGACGUUCACCACGAGCGCCUCCUUCCGGUCUCUGUCGCCGGCCUGCUGGUCAACCUGGUGGGGAUCUUUGUUUUCCAACACGGAGGCGGACACGGACACUCGCACGGAGAGCAAGGUCACGGCCACAGCCAUUCGCUGUUUAACGGUACGCCGGGCCACUCUCACUCCCACCACGGAGGCCACUCCCACCACGGAGGCCACUCCCACCACGGGGGCCACUCCCACCACGGGGGCCACGAAGACCACGCUCAUCACGGACACGGUCACGACAGUCCGGACGACGAGCGGCGGCCGGGUUCCGGUAAACAGAUCCUUCAGGGCGUGCUGCUGCACAUCGUGGCCGACACUCUGGGCAGCGUGGGCGUGAUCGUUUCGGCUCUCCUGAUGCAAAACUACGACCUGAUGAUCGCCGAUCCCGUUUGCUCCAUGCUCAUCGCCGUCCUCAUCGGCGUCAGCGUGGUUCCUCUGCUGCGAGAGUCCAUCGGGAUAUUGAUGCAGAGAACGCCACCCUCCCUGGACCACGCUCUCCCCGAGUGCUACCAGAGGGUGCAGCAGCUUCAAGGCGUGUACAGCGUGCAGCAUCCCCACUUCUGGACUUUGUGUACCGACGUGUACGUGGGAACCCUCAAAGUGGCGGUGGCCCCCGACGCCGACGCCCGCUGGAUACUCAGUCAGACGCACAACAUCUUCACGCAGGCGGGCGUUCGCCAGCUCUACGUUCAAAUCGACGCGGCCGCCAUGUAGAGGCUCCGCCCUCGGGGGAAUCCGGCGUCCCGCGGCGGAAGCGGCUAACCGCGAGCGACUCCGACCGUCCCUCCGUGCCCCGCCUCCCGGCGGCGGGGUAUUGCGGAAUCGUGCCUUUGCCGGUCAUCGCGGUCCCGCCCCCGCGAAAAUGG